AUGUCAGUUUUGCGGCAGAAAUUGCUGACCGAUUUCUACCAUUCACCGGAUAAAUAUUAUGAAUCAGAUGCUGUACCUCUAUCAAAUAUAAGUUGCAAGUCGAGUUAUGUCGCAGAUCCAAUCUGUGAAAGUGAAGGAUUUUCCAAACCUUUAUCAUUAGUUGAAAAUUAUUCGUUAUCGGUAUCACCCACUAGAGCUAGUAGCUCGAAAGUUAUUCGCACAGUUAUUAUAUCUAAAAAAGAAAAUAAAAAGAGACGGAGGACGCUAGCGGAUGAUCCAAAACAGAUGAUCCUGGAUGCAGGACAAAAGCUAUUCGGUCAUCAGCAAUGCAAACAGUGUGGUAUGGUAUAUGAUUGCGAUUCACUGUCCGAUCGGAAGCAACACCAAGAAUUUCACAGCCGUUUCCUAUCAACCAGAUGGUUUCGAGUACAGACCGCACAACUAGAUAUUUGGAAACGGGCUGUUUUUUGUAUUGUUGAACAAUUCGAAGGAAAUUACAGCCACAUAUUUUGUAUUACGCAAACAUCAAAAUGUACUCUGAAAGCACGUGUUGAUAAGGUUAUACAGGAAUGCAUCAACAAAGAAUUAGGUUAUGCACCGGAUUUAGCGCAGGUCUGGACAUCGGAUGGUAGAAGACAGGCUUGGGUAUAUAUUACAGCUUCAGACACUUAUUACUUUAUUGGUGCUAUAGUCCUGGUUGAAAAGAUAUCUAAAGAACAGCUGCAACAUACAGAGGAAAACUGUGGAAGUAGUGAUGUAGUUUCAACAAGCAGCAACGUAUAUAUGGGUGUUAAUCGAAUUUGGGUGCAUCAAACAUUAAGACGCAAAGGCAUUGCAGCAUUUUUGUUAGAUCAUGCACGAUUGCAUUUUGUCAGUUCCGAUUCUGUGCCACGUGAAAUGAUUGCAUUUAAUAGUUUAACUGAUAGUGGUUUUGCGUUUGCUAAAAAUUAUACACCUGGAGGAAAGGUGCUUCUUUACAGUGUGAAUCCUGAGACUCAUCAUUAA